AUGGUUCUCAAUAUCGCCGCGAUGCUCACACGCUUGGAAGACCAAGCAACCUCCGACCGCGUCUUCCUCGACCAGUGCCUUGACGACUACCCCGGGAUCGCUGAACACCAAGACAACAUCCCCGAUUCGUCAUGUCCGGUCCUGGAGAGAGUCAGCAACGACUCCGGCGAAGAAAGCGUACGAGAAGAAAGCGUACGAGUCAUGACGAACUUUACCCGGCGUGAGUUUGACGUGCUGUGGGCCGUGGCGGAGCUCCCACUCAAGGCGCGUUGGAACGACGGCCGCGGAUCCAAAUCGAACACAACACCAAUGGACGCCCUCUUCGUGACAUUGACAGUGCUUAAGCACUACGACACUUGGGAGAAGCACGCGUUGGACUUUGGGUUCAAAGCGCCCACGUUCCAAAAGCUGAUUCUCCGAGUUGUCGAGGUGGUGAUGCCUGUCUUCUACACUGAGUUCGUCAAGAUGCCCAAGAUGUCGGAGUUGCGCGCACAAGACCACACGUUUGCAAACUACCCCUACGCCCUCUAUGCCACAGACGUCAAGUUCCAGCCCACCGAGCGACCGGCCGGACGCCAUGGCGAAGCCAAGCCGUACUUUAGUGCGAGGCAUACGUUGUACGGCUUGAAGAUUGAAGCAUCCGUCUCCCCCCAAGGCCUUCUUGUGGACAUGAGCGAAGGCCACCGUGGAGCCGUUGCGGAUCUGACCAUCAUGCGGUCUCGCAUGGAUCAGCACGUUGGAGCCCUGGCCAAGUCGGAUAACGAGCUUAGCAUCUUGGAUCAUGGGGAGAAAGGGUACUACGGCGCUUCGGUGGACGUCCGUGCAAUUCACCCCAAGAAGAACCCGCCGCGUGGCAUCUUGGACCCUGAUGACGUCGUGCGGAAUCGUCGUCGUUGUGUUGUGGUCGAAAACUUUUUCGGUCGUGUCUGCAGCCUGCGGAAGGUAUCUUAUGCUACUUUCACAUGGAGUACCAAGUUCUAUGAUGAGAUUCAGCGUCUCACGUUUGCAUUGACGAACUUCCAUGUAUCGUUGAUGCCUCUGCGGGAAGCGGACAGACACUGGUACCGCUCUGUGCUUGCGCGCUAUGAGUCUAUGGUCCAUGCUACGGCCGCGAAGUGUGCGAAAAGUCAGCGGAAGUCGCGUCUUCGUCGCAUGCAACGAAUUGCGUUGAGUCGUGGUCGUAACCACUCUCAUGUUUUCACGUCUCAGUAA